AAGGAGGCUGGCUCCCUCCCGGACUUUCUUUCUCUCCUCCCUCUGUGCAUCAGCCUAUAAGGCUGGGCGGGCAACCAUACCAGUUCAAACUCGCUCAGGAUAGUUAAGGGACUAAGGAAGAAAAAGAAAGGGGGGAAAAAAACCCCGCGCUCGGUCUCAUUUUGUGCUUUGAGCUUGCGGAGUAGUGUAAUGUGAUAGGAAGGAGGAAACGCUGGAAAUGCUCGGAGGGAGUCCUAUUUGAAUAUUAUCAACAGGGAGAAGGGAGGGAAUAGAGCCAGAGGAGACGACAGAUCAGAGGCGAACUUUUGCUUCCCGAUGGUGCUCAUGACUGAUCUUCAGCCUGACGGGGACGAACUAAAGCCUGUCAGAGUGGCCAGUAAAAAGGAAAAAGCGGCUUUAAUCCAUUCAGAAAAUGAAAAUGGAACAGAAGAAAAGAAGAAAUCAGGAAAACCAGGCUUUGGGGUGCCACAAAUAUCAUUUAAUGAGGCUGAUUGUUUUGAAGACCAGAAAAAAGUUGCACUUGCACGGUCGAAGACAAUUGUGGAUAAUAACUUCUUGAUGUUAGAUGGCAAGAAUGACUCAAAGGCUGAAAAGAAGAAGCAUACCUCAAACCAGUUUAAGGCAAAUGCUCAUUUUCACAAGCUGUUUCUGGAUGUCCCAAUAGAUGAACCCUUGAGACAAAAUUUCACCUGUGCCUUACAGAAAGAAAUUAUGUACCAAGGGAAGCUAUAUGUAUCAGAGAACUGGAUUUGCUUCUAUUCCAAAGUCUUUGGCAAGGAUAUCAAGAUUACUAUACCAGUGUUAUCUGUAACACUAAUAAAGAAGACUAAAACUGCCCUGUUAGUGCCAAAUGCUCUAAUUAUUACUACAGUCUCGGACAGGUACAUGUUCGUCUCUUUUCUGUCCAGAGACACUGUUUACAAACUGCUAAAAUUGGUUUGCAGUCAUCUAGAGGAUGCGAGUGUUGGCAACAGUCCUAAUCCUUCUCCCCUAGAAAGUAGUUUCAGAGCUGAUCGUCCUACAACAUUACCUCUGGAUUUCAAUCAUGAUUUCUCUGAACUGGAUGGCAUCAUACAGAGACGUAGACAGGAGAUGGAAGAAUCCAGCAGCACCGGUUCUCAAAGCCCAGAAUUGGAACACUUUCAAGAUUACCAUGAGACUGAUAAGCAGUCCCAUUUCAAAAGUUCCAAGACAGACACGAAAGAUAUCUAUAAAGAUGUACAGUCUAAAUGUAGGCGUGAUGAUCAAAUCAGGAAUGUUUCAGGAAACAUUUCUUCAGGAAUCCUCGGAACUUUCGACAGAAUGAAUUUUCAAUUAUUUUUGUCGGUGACUCACAUACUCAUUGUUUAUGCAAUUCUUGUUUUUAUCCUCAUUUGUUCCACAUUCUAUAUGCGAUAUAAAGUUCAUCAUUUGGAAGAACAACUUGUAUCCAUGGCUUCUACUGUGGAUCCACAUAUGAAUGAACAUCCAAUACAAGGUGGUUUGGGAUAUCACCAAAAAUUUAAUGUUGACGGUCUGUAUGCAGAGCUAACAGCUAAUCUUAUUAAACUGGAAAAGAUACAAAGCAAUUUACAGAAGCUACUUGAAGACAAUAAGUGAACUGCCUGUUGCCUUUCGAUUACUUCAUUCACACCUCAUUUUUUCUCUAGAUAAGCAACUCUGAAGAUAAUAUCAAGCUUAGCCAAUCAAGUUAUGUGUACUUGAGCUCAGUUCAAAUUCACAACUCUUGUGCAAUAGCACCUGUUUUCUCAGAGGACAAUCCAUUUCUUUGUCUACACUGUAUAUGAUGAAUAACUGAGAGGAUCCAUCUCAGACCUUAUUAUUAUGAUCCUGACUGGCUCAAGUUUGACUCAACCUUCUAUCCUUGUGAGGUCGGUAAAAUGAGGACCCAGACUGUUGGGGGCAAUAUGCUGACUCUGUAAACCGCUUAGGGAGAGCUGUACUAUGAAGCCGUAUAUAGGUCUAAGUUCUACAUUUAGGCAAGAAAAACAAAAUGCACAGGUACAGUAUAUGUGGCUCAAUAGUAGUAACUGAGACGGAUCUUGGAGUCCUAAUGGACAACCAUUUAAAUAUGAGCCAGCAGUGUGCAGCAGCUGCCAGAAAAGCCAACACAGUUCUGGGCUGCAUAAACAGAGGGAUAGAAUCAAGAUCACGUGAAGUGUUAAUUAAUACCACUUUAUAAUGCCUUGGUAAGGCCACACUUGGAAUACUGCAUUCAGUUUUGGUCGCCACGAUGUAAAAAAGAUGUUGAGACUCUAGAAAGAGUGCAGAGAAGAGCAACAAAGAUGAUUAGGGGACUGGAAGCUAAAACAUAUGAAGAACGGUUGCAGGAACUGGGUAUGUCUAGUUUAGUGAAAGGAAGGACUAAGGGAGACAUGAUAGCAGUGUUCCAAUAUCUCAGGGGCUGCCACAAAGAAGAGGGAGUCAAACUAUUC